AUGGCAGCUGAAGACGUUAUCAUCUGUGAUACAUUACAGCCAUGUCAUACGGCCAUGGCAACAGGGGGCCAUCCUCUGGACACUCCACAUCUUCCACAGGAGCUGCCUCCAGGACUCCCAAACAAUAUCAAUAUCACAUUCUUCAGUGGGAUGUUUACAAAUGUGGAAAGUGUGGCUGAAAUUUUUGAUUGCCUGGGCCCCCACUUCACCUGGCUGCAGGCUGUCUUCACCAAUUUCCCUGUGCUGAUCCAGUUUGUCAAUGGUAUGAAGUGUGUGGCUGGUCUCUGCCCCCGAGACUUUGAAGACUAUGGUUGCACCUGCAGGUUUGAGAUGGAAGGGUUGCCUGUGGAUGAAUCUGACAGCUGCUGCUUCCAGCACCGCAGGUGCUAUGAGGAGGCUGCUGAGAUGGACUGUCUCCAAGACCCUGCCAAACUUAGCACAGAGGUCGAUUGUGUCGGCAAGAAGAUCAUAUGUGAGUCCAAGGACAACUGUGAGCACCUGCUGUGUACCUGUGAUAAGGCUGCCAUAGAGUGCUUGGCUCAAUCCAGCCUCAACUCUUCCCUGAACCUUCUGGACACCUCCUUCUGCCUGGCUCAGACUCCAGAGACAACCAUCAAGGAAGAGUUGACAACACUUCUGCCCAGAGUGGUUCCUGUGGAGCCCACAGACGCCAGCCUGACAGCCCUUUCAGGAGAAGUGGCUGCACAGACUGAGGCUGACAGACUGAUCACUCUCUCCAAGAAAAAAGCAGGCCAAGAUCAGGAAGGAGUGGGAGCUGCUAGGGCUACGUCCCCUCCAGGAUCUGCAGAGAUAGUUGCAACAAGCGUUACAGCUAAAGUUGUAACCCUUGUCCCUGCUGGCAUUAAAUCUCUGGGGCUGGCAGUGUCAUCUGUUGAAAAUGGUCCUGAGGAGACCACUGAAAAAGCCUGUGAUAGAUUCACCUUCCUGCACCUGGGAAGUGGGGACAACAUGCAGGUGAUGCCACAGCUUGGAGAGAUGCUCUUUUGUCUGACAUCCCGGUGCCCAGAGGAAUUUGAGUCUUAUGGCUGUUACUGUGGACAAGAAGGAAGAGGCGAGCCAAGGGAUGACCUGGACAGGUGCUGCUUGUCUCAUCACUGCUGCCUAGAGCAAGUGAGAAGGCUGGGCUGCCUGCUUGAGAGGCUUCCUUGGUCACCGGUGGUGUGUGUGGAUCAUACGCCCAAGUGUGGGGGCCAAAGCCUGUGUGAGAAGUUGCUCUGUGCCUGUGACCAGACGGCAGCUGAGUGCAUGACCUCUGCCUCCUUUAACCAAAGCCUCAAGUCCCCAAGCAGACUCGGGUGCCCUGGGCAGCCAGCAGCCUGUGAAGACAGCCUGCACCCUGUGCCCGCAGCCCCCACCCUGGGCUCCAGCUCUGAGGAGGACAGCGAGGAGGACCCUCCACAGGAGGACCUCAGCAGAGCCAAGAGGUUUCUGCGGAAGUCACUGGGUCCCUUGGGGAUCGGGCCCCUUCAUGGAAGAUAGAUGCCCAGAGAAAAUGGCUAACACCCUCAGUAGCGUGGCUCCUGCUCCACCUUCAGCUCUUUAUCUCUCAGCCACCUCUGUCCCUUGGAGCCUUCUUCCCUUCCUUUAACCCAGAGGCCGGGAGGGAACAGAGGCCGUGAGCCCUGCCCAUGCCUCAUCACCUGUGGUCACCUCACAAGCCAAUGUACACUUGGAGAAGGCAGACCAUGGUACCUCCAUGCUCCUUUAGUGCACUGUGGAAGCUCAAUAAAUACUCCAAUC